AUACGAGCUCGACAGCAAGUGGCCGACAAGAUUAGCAAGCGAGACUCCCCUGACAAGGAUGGAUAAGGACGAACAAGAGGUGCAGCAGCAAUCCAUGCAGCAAGAAUUGAAUGGACAUGACACGCAGGAGCACAGUGACCUGAACCUGCGCCCGAAAACGAUGUUUGAUGUGAAAGGCCGCGCGCGCACGAGUGACACCACGCCCGAAAAUUACCUUCCACAAUGGUCCAAGGACGGCGAAGGGUUCAAGAAGCAGUAUGUCGCCCAGGAGGAACGAGAUCGACGAAAGAACAAAGUUAUUCGGUACUCGAGAGACGAGCUCUUGGAGAUGCACGUUGAUAGCUCGACUCCCCCUGAGUGCCCUGAAGGCACGCCGGUGAUUACACCUGAGAGCUUGCCACCAGUUGCCAGCAUUCCGUUUGAUUACAUGGCAAUCUACAAGCAGUGGGCUGCGAACAAAGAUCGCAAUCGUCAACCUGGACGCGGGAGAGGUCAGCCUCGAACAGACGAAAAUACGUCCAGUGCGACUCCAUUGACCAACAACCGAGUGAACAAUGGGACCAACAAUGCAGCCGGUGGACGGUCCGUCGGUUCGAGCAACGCGAACGAGGGCAAGCGCACCAGCGAAGACUUGAACGACUCAUCAACUGGACGGAAAUGGAACGACAAGCGUGGUGGGGAAGACAGCUGGGAGCGAGGGGCCAGGAUCGAAAGCAGUGGCGACGGCGACAAGGAUGACUUGUGGGAUGACGUCGAUCCGUUGGGCGGCGAAUUCAAGGAUAUGGGGUUGUCGACGUUCGCGGAAGCAGCCGAGCAAUUUCGUCGUGAAAUGGAUGAAAUGCAUCGGGCUGGAGGACGCCCUGAGUUGCGUCAGAAAACUACGAUGGAGAGCGAAGACCAGUUUGCCGACAGCGUCCAGGAAGAAGACGAGCCGCCUAUGUGGGACAUGCCAUCCACGGACAAUGCACCGAACGCGGCAGUGGACGCGGAGCCAUCCGACCUGUCGUCGUGGUCUUCUUUCAACGAGCAGCCUGCAGCUCCGUUGCACGUGAACCCAGUUCCCGUGGACGCUUGGUUCUAUUUGGACCCGCAGGGACUGCAGCAAGGGCCGUUCAAGUCGGCUGAGAUGCGCGAGUGGUUUGAAGCUGGGUACUUCAAACCUCACUUGCCAAUUCGAUUUGGCCUCGAGGGCGAGUUUGCGUCGCUUGCCAACCAUUUUCGACACGGUCAAAUUCCGUUUUCAACCGUGCCCAGCCCGAAUCCGACCCAGCAUUUACUCCAGCAACAACAGCAAUUGCUGCUCCAAAAGCAGCAACUGGAACAGCAGCAAUUUCUCGCCAACCAAUUGCAACAACAACGUCUACUUGAGCAACGCCGCUUGCAAGAAGAGCAGCAACGUCGACUUCAAGAAGAGCAACGCAUUCGUUUGGAAAUGCAACAACGGAUAGAGCUUCAAGAACAAGCCGCGCGUUUGGCGCAACAACAACACUUUCAUUACCAACGACCCACCGGUCCAGGUGCCGUCGGAUCCGCCGGCGCUGCGAUCGGGGCUGGCUGGAGUGGCCGCACAGCCCUGCCGCGCGACAACAUCAUCCCAAGAGCUCGCGACAGCAUGAUGGGUGGCCUCGGAAUGUUUGCCGGCCCGCCACAGCCCGCAAAGACAGAGUAUGCUGCUCCUUCAUGGGACACGAACGACGACGUGCCAAAUUCGUCGCUGUGGAACUCAACUGUGAAGAACGAUUCAGAUUUGGGCACUUGGAACAAACCAGCCGAACCGGAGUCAUCCACGCCGUGGGUAGGCGACGAAUGGAAUAAAGAGGCAACUCCUACUGCUGGAUGGGGAGCGUCGCAAGUAGAACCUGCGCCCCAGGCAUCCCCGAAGGCAUCGUGGGGCCUGGAAGAACCUUCGGCACAGUCGUCGACGUGGGGUAAACCCGAUGGUGGACCGCCCGCGAGGUCAUCGUCGUCAUUUGAACCGGAGGCGUCUGUCGAAGCAACCAACGUCGCCCCCAAAGCAGUCGAACCGACAUGGGAAGCCCCACCCGCACCAGAAACCCCCUCGCUCAAGCAAAUCCAGCAGGACGAGCAAGAAGUUAUGCGCCGCCGAUUGAAAAAACAAGCCCAACCCCUGCAGCCCCGUCCUGUCGACCCUCAACCGGCUCAGCCGGAACAACAACCCCACUUGGCUGACAUGGGCCAACAACUCAAGCGUAUGUUGGGAGUGUCGAACCCAAGCCCCCCCAAGUCAUGGGGUUCCCAAGCCGCAACCGCGCCCGCCCCUGUCGCACGUUCUCUGUCGCUCCGUGACAUUCAAGCCGAAGAAGAACGUUUGGCGCAGCUCAAGCGGCAAGAAAAGCCGGUCCAGUCCUCUUCUCGUUGGAGCAGCGUCGUGACCGGGACAAACCCUGCUGCACCGUUAUCUGCGGCGGUUGUGACCCGCCCCGCCCCCGUCGAAGUCAAGGCGACGCCGCCGAAAGACCGCGACGCGAGUUUCUGGAACUUCGACGCGUCGUCACCACUUACCGGCACAGCGCGGCCGGUCACCCCCGGCACAUCCAACGGCGGAAAUGCCUCGGACGAUUUGUUGUUGUGGGCGUCCAAGCAAGUGAAAAAGUUGGGCGGUGCCGAAGACUUGAUUCAAUACUGCGCGACGCUGGAAGACCCUGGUGAGAUCCGCGAGUACUUGGCAGCCUACCUCGGAUCGACCCCGAAAGUAUCUGCGUUUGCGACCGAGUUUAUUCAGAAGAAGAAGCAACUAGCAGGGAAGAAGCCGAGUGUGCAUGACACUAAGGCGUCGGCCUUCCAGAAGAAGCAGGUCGGGUCGAACAAACACCACCAUUAACAAAACGAGGGGAAACAAGACUGCCCCACCGCCUCCUAUCGAUUUUGCAACGUUUCCAAAAUCAAAUCGCGCGACAGCAUGUGGAACCCUUCGGUCUUGGUCACGUAGUCAAAGUGGCGCACGAUAAAGUGCAUGCAUAUCUCGCGCAGACGCGACGCUUGAAGCUCGUCCGCCGCUUGCAGUAACACGCUGGCGUUGUCGACGACGAGGCCCUUCUGGACCAUCGCUUCGCACAACCCUUUGAGGCGGUCCAAGCCAUACAUGUCGGCGCACGCAUACAGCUCAAUUGCCAUCUCGGCCUUCAUGUCGGGCGAGACCGUGUCGUUGUAAAUGUACUCGAGCAGCGCCAGAAAAACUGGAACACGGAUCAAUGGCACCGGCACUUCCAUCUCGCGCGAUUCGCGCAUGCCGGAGCUAAACAUGGCCUAGAACACGCACCAUCCAUCAAUCGAUGCAACCGCAGGUCUCCAGUACCCUGAAGUGGGGACACCGCGCCGCCAAAAUCGCGCGAUGGCCAUAUAUCCGCCGCGACUCGACCACAAACACGACGUCAGCAAAAUCAGGUUGGUCCACGAGGGUUUGCAUCUCAUCCGAGUACGUUGAGUUGAGCAAAAGCGGACGAAAUGCUUGGACGGGGUCUAGUAAGAGACAGCCCUCCAUUCACGGCCAAUCUGGAAAACCACCCGAUCGAGAACGCACCCACAAGCGCGACCGUGUGUUCGUUGUACGACGCAACCGAAACCACUCGUUUGCCAUGCAAUCCGUCAACCAAACGAGGCAGGGUUACCUUGACCUGGUCAUUGUGGCCCAACUUGCCAUGGUCGCCAUUGCCCCACGUAAACACGUCGCCCGUGUCUACGCAAUUCGACUCUAAAUGCCGGCAUCAAGCACAUGCCACGCACUUGUCAAAGCAACGGUGUGGCUCCACCCGCAAGUGAUUUCCACCACGACGCGGUCCUUGAGCUUCUCGACCAACGAAGGAAUCGUCUUGUUCACCUUGUCGCCGUGACCCAACUGUCCGUGCUCGCCACCGCCCCAUGUGUACUACGCACACCCUCCACCAUGACGUUGGGGCGUUUAAGAGGACGCUCGCAUCACGUACCACUUCGCCACACUCUACUCGACAUCAUCAAGUCACGUCACGAACAAAAGUUUCAAUGCACCUGUGACAGCUGCAGUGUGAAAGCCUCCACACGCCACCUGACGAAUUGGACUCGACAGCAAUGUCUCCACGACCU